CUACGCUGGGUCCCUCGAACCUCGACUUGUGCUGCACAGAAAACGCCUGAUGACGCCGAACAACAAAUUUACGAACUCUUCCUUCGACUCGCCCUCACCCUUCGCGACUCCGGCAUCCGCCACUCUGACCUCGUCGUCAACUUUGAUCAGACGCAGGUGGUUAUGUCAGACCACAACACGAGGACAUUUGACGUGCAAGGCUCACGACAAGUCGACGUUGUUGGCAAGGACGAAAAGCGUGCUUUCACAGCUGUCGUCGGUAUCUCAGCAUCAGGUACUCCCCUUCCGACUCAGUUCAUCUACAAGGGGGCGACCGAGCGCUCUGUUCCCUCCUCCAGGUCGCCACUCAGGGACGAGGCCUCUUGUCUUGGGUUCGUCUACUCCUGGAACCCAAGGAACUACUGGUCGGAUCUCGCGUCGAUGGAGCAAUACUUCGAAUGCAUCAUUGCCCCCUACUUCGAAGAGCAGAAGCGUCGUCUCAAUUACGAGGAUGACCAGGAGUGCGCAGUCCUUCUGGACUGCUGGUCUGUGCAUCGAGGCCGGCCGUUUUGUGACUUAGUGCACACCCGCUGGCCAUGGAUCCGUCUUCAUUACAUCCCAGGCGGAACCACC